GGAAAUUUCCAUUAUUAGUCACGGAUUGUCGUCACUUAGUUGAUUCGCGAGCGUGACGCAUGAAUGGAUGAGGAACAGAAUUCGAAGAUCUUUGCUUUUGGCUGGGACCUGCCAGCCUGUCAGAUCGGCGACAGAAGCUUUGUGGAGGUCUUGAACAUUGUUUGACCCUUUGUGUUUGCUAUCAUAGCGAGGCAAGUCACUACUUCUAGAACAACAUGGAAGGACGACCACGUUGGGCCGACUUGGCUGCGGCAGGCGCCGUGGGAUUUGCGGUGGGGCUCCUGGUCAUGUCCAAACGACGACCUGCCACUUCUACUACCAAGAAUUCCAAAAAGAUUACUACAUCCACAACACCGUACAAUCGAUUCGAUAAUCGACCAUCCUAUACACCCGGUCAAACACCUCCUCCUCCCACUCUGUUUUUUGGAAAACACAAGAAAAUCUACAAUCCGGAAACACUGACAUCCUGCUACAAUCUCGUCAUUUCCUCCGUGACGCCCCGUCCCAUUGCACUCGUAUCCAGUCACAAUCCCGACACGAACGUCGACAAUGUCGCUCCUUUUUCCUAUUUUGGAGCCGUCGCACACGAUCCACCCAUGCUGGCCAUUGGAUUUUGUCGUAAAGGAGGUCAACAAAAAGAUUCUCUCGUCAAUAUUCUACGGCAGAAACAGUGCUGUGUGAAUAUCAUGUCCGAAUGGUACUUGGAUGCGGCCAAUCAUUCCUGUGGCAUGUUUCCUCCGGAUGUGGAUGAAUUUGACAUGGCAGGAUUGACCAAAGUAUACGAUUGUCAAGUCGUCCAAACGGUGCCGCGGGUGGGACAAGCUGCCGUCAGUUUUGAAUGUGUUUUGGAACAUGUACAUCCUGUUACCAAGAGUAGUGACGCUGCAACCACGGAAAUUGUCUUGGUGAAGGUGGUACGCAUUCAUGUGGAUGAAUCCGUACUGGUACCCAACAAUAACGAUGACAAACCGGCAGUUGACACGACAAAGUUGCGACCCAUUGGACGAUUGGGAGGCAACAUUUACACCAGUCUGGGAGAUUUGGUCGAUAUUCCAAGACCGAAAGUGUAGUCUAGUAAUAUACAGUAGUAUGUUAAUUUUUGG